AUGGCGGCGCCGGUCAACAUCGACGUGCCGAAGCUGAUCCUGGACAACGGGGGGGGGCUGAUCAAGGGGGGCGUCCUGCCGAGCUACUCGCAGAUGAGCAACUCCCAGGGGGACGAAAUAGAACCCAAAUUCAUAGUGCCCAAUUGCGUUGGUCAGGUAAGAAAAAAAAACAUCGUGCAUAUAAGUGACGGCUGCUAUAGCAUAUGCGAGUACUUCUGCCACAGGCCCCACGUGGAUGGGCUGCUGCUCGACUUGGAGAUGCAGACGAAGAUUUGGGAAAGGAUUUUCUCUUGCAAACAAACAGUUGGGUUUAAAAUAAAAGACAUGGCCAUCUGCAUUACCGAGUCAUAUCUCACCCCGGCCUACAUAAGACAGGGAGUUAUAGAGCUUCUGUUUGAGUACUUUAAUUUUAACCAAAUCGUUGUGGUCUCGUCUCAAACGAUGCUUCCCUUUUCCUUCAUCGGACUUAACUUGGGGCAAUAUGACAUAUUAAAUCCCCCCAUUUUCCCCUUACCCAGUUCGAGGGGCAGAAAGGGAGAGUCUUCUAAGAGGAGGCGGAGGAUGGGCGGUAAGUCCCUCACCCGGAAGAGCCACAGCCCGAGGGAGACCCUGCGGGGGGAGUGGGAGGGCAGUUGCCACAGGGAUGAUGCGGAUUUGAAGAGUGAGGGGGGGAGGUGGCCAGCGGGCGAGUUGCACGAGGAGUGGGGGGAGGAGGAGGAAGAUGUAGCAGUGGGGGGGGCAGACGUAGCAGUGGGGGGAGCAGACGUAGCAGUGGUGGGAGCAGAUGUAGCAGAUGUGGCAGUGGGGGUGUCCAGCCGAAGCGACCCCGUCUGUGAGGUUAAGAAUGAGAGGAACGGGUUGGAGAGCAACUUAACGAGCAGCAUGGAGAGCAGCUUAGCGAACCGCUUAACGAGCCCCCCCCAGCGGGGCGGCGCACCUGGGGAGGAGGACCCCCCCGCGGACAACGGCGCGCUGACCAACAGACACAUCUUCGUGAGGAACAUCGAGUGCUAUAACAAGUACACGCAGCGAGUGUACCUGGAGGAGGGCUUCCGAGGGGAGAGCUGGCAGCAGCACCACUUCGAUGGCUUCUUCACUUGUGGCGGAGGCCCCUCCCCCAGCAACGGAGUGGUGCGCACUCUGCAGAGCAACAGCUACCUAGGAAACAACUUCUGCGUGCAAGACCCAAACUUUUUGCUGCCAGAUCAAAUUGACCUGCACCACAGGUACUACGAACCCAACUGUAGGGACCUUCAGAACUUCCAAAGCCAUUUUAACAGCAGCUAUGUGGAGAGCUUCUACAGCCAAGUGCUCAAUGGGAAUUAUAAUUUAUCUCUUAGGAACCCCUGCGCUCUUUAUGUAGAUGUGGGGUUCUCUCACACCUAUGUGCUGCCCUACAUAGAGUAUAGGCUUAUAGAAUAUGCCAUUUUACGGACCAAGGUCUCCGCGUCUAUUUUAAAUACCUAUUUGAAGAACGUGCUGUCGUAUAAGCACGUGAAUUUGGAGCACAACGAGUUGCUGGUGGAAAAUGUUAAGGAGCGGGCCUGCUACGUGUCGCUGGACUAUGAGCGGGACUUGGAGCGGGAGCGCGCGCGCCUGGAGGAGGUUAAGCGGCAGCGCGUAGAGGAAAGGUUGGCCGGGGUUAGCGGCGAGGUUAGCGGCGGGGUUAGCGGCGGGGUUAGCAGCCUAGUCACCGGGGAGGAGGACCCCCCCAAGGGGGAAAUCAAAAGGGAGGGACCCCAUUCGAGUGGAAAAGACGAGGCCAACCCCACCACUGGGGGUAACUCCCCCCAGAGAGAUGGUAGGAAGAAAAAAAAACGAACGCAGCCCCACCUCUUCUACAGUUACAAGCUAAUUGAUUAUAACAACGCCACGAAGAGGGAGAUAAGCGAUGUGUAUGAUACGUUGAGGACCAACAGCUCGAACGAUUGCAUUUAUGUGGACUCCGACUGGGAUGACCAGAUGGAGUUUUCCAAUCACAGGGGGGGAGCAGAAGAGGGGAGAGCAGAGGAGGGGAAAGAAGAAGAGGGGAAAGAAGAAGAGGGGAAAGAGGAAGAGGGGAACGAACAUGGGGGGACCGCGGGUAGGGACGACCAUACGGACCGCCUUACUAACCGCCAUACAGACCGCCAUACGGGAUCCCCUCACACCAAGGCCGCUUGGCAGCGCCCGUCCGCGGAGAGCAAAAACGACGUCAUCAACCUGACGAAUGAACGAAUAGCCAUCCCAGAGGUCCUCUUCAACCCGAAGGAUAUUAACCUGGAGCACUGCAGCAUCGUCGAGCUGAUCUACAGGUGCAUCUCGCUACUGCCCAAGGAGAUUCAGAGGUACUUCCUGGCCCAGAUAUACAUCUCAGGGGGUUCUACGAAAUUCACAAAUUUUAAACAUAGGCUAUAUAAGGAGCUGCGCGGCAUGUUCCCCAGCGAGUGGGACAUUAACAUUUACUCUCACCGGAACGGCCUCUACAGCAACUACAUCGGCACGUACGUCUGGCUCAGCGACCAUAACAUUUACAGCUACAACGUGAUUACGCGCGAGCAGUACUUCAGCCACGGUCAGGGUGGAUAG